AUGCUUUUGGUGGACAUGGGACAUCUGAGAGCAAUGACAGAACAACUACGUGACUGGAAUAAAUGCUCCUCUUCACCGUUUGAUUCUUCAAAGAUUGGAAUGAUGGUGAAAUACUUCUUGUUUGCUGCUACUGUGGCUGCUACUGUCUUUGUUCCUGUUCUGGCUCCGGGUAUCAGACACCACAAACGUCAUAGAGCUCUCUAUAAUAAACUGAUCACAGAAUCACAAACCGAUCCACAAGAAGAAAUUGUCAAUGCGCACAAUGCUUUCAGGAGGAAAGUGUCUCCACCUGCCAAGAACAUGCUGAAGAUGAGUUGGAGUCCCGCGGCUGCAGCAAAUGCGAGAAUCCUGGCGCGAUACUGUGACACGUCAACGAGCGACCCACUUGAGAGAAGACUUAACAAUACAUUUUGUGGAGAAAAUAUGCACUUGGGACGUUACCCCUACUCCUGGUCAAAAGUAGUUGAAAUGUGGUACAAUGAAUCCAAAUACUUCACAUAUGGAGAAUGGCCAUCUUCAGACGAUGACUUUGAAACAAGUCAUUACACUCAGAUGGUCUGGGCCUCUUCUUACCUCAUUGGCUGUGAUGUCGCAUCAUGUCGCAGACAAAAGGCACCUAUGUAUCUCUAUGUGUGUCACUAUUGUCAUGAAGGAAAUAAUCCCGACUUGCUAAAUAUGCCUUAUAAGGAAGGCUCACCAUGUGGAGACUGUCCAAAUCACUGUGAAGAUGGGCUAUGCACAAACCCCUGCCGUUACUAUGACGAAUACAACAACUGUGAUAAGCAAGUGACCCUUAUUGGAUGCUCACAUUCUUCAGUUCUAAAAUUCUGCAAGGCUACCUGUCUGUGUAAAACAGAAAUAAAAUAA